UUUUGCGCAGGCAGAACAACGGACAGCCUGUGUGUGUGUGUGUGUGUGUGUGUGUGUGUGUGUGUGUGUGUGUGUGUGUGUGUGUGUGUGUGUGUGUGUGUGUGUGUAACGCUGCACGUGGGUCAUGAGCUGGUUAAUGUUUAUGACUUUCUGCGCUGGAAGUCGGAGUGUUUUAUCCAACCGCACAAACCUUUUACUGGCUGCUAAAAUGACCACAGACUCACAUUGGCUAAGUGCAACAGAAAGAGAGCAUGCGCUGAUGGAGUUAAAGGCAACAGGAUGGGUGGAGCUGGAGGAGCGAGACGCGCUGUAUAAAGAGCUGCACUUCAAAACCUUUAAUCAGGCGUUUGGAUUCAUGUCUCGAGUGGCUCUGCAGGCAGAGAAGAUGAACCAUCAUCCGGAGUGGUUCAAUGUUUAUAAUAAGGUCCAGAUCACGUUAACAACACAUGAUUGUGGAGGCCUGUCAAAGAAAGACAUCCGUCUCGCCAAAUUCAUUGAUAAAGUCACUCUGAAGAUGUAGUGCUGUAAAAUCGUGUCACAUCAAUGGACUCUUGCUGAGGUCUGGACUGAUCUGGGACUUGACAGAAACACUUUGGUUUAAAAAGUUCUUUAGUUACUGGAAACAAAUGUAUAAAUAAAUAAAGACUCUGAGUAUC